AUGUUGCAAUGCAAGUUUUAUAUUACCCUUUUCCUGCAUAUCAUUUGUAGCCGUCGCCAUGUCCCUUCUGUUAUCCUUUGUUUUUUUUUUUUACUUUUGUCAUUCGGCUAUAAAAGAUGCAUGUGGACCAGGCGUAAUGUGUUUCCACUGAUGUCUCUACGGGACGCAGCGCGUGCCCCUGUUGUUAUCUCACCACAGGCAAAAAACGGCGGACCAUCGCCCCUCAGUCCGACCGCCAAAGAGGAAUGCAAAAAGAGCGAUUCAAUUGUCUCAAUGAAUUACACAUUGAUUCCCGGUAUUAUGCCUGAAGAAGCUGUAAUGAUUCUCUCCUGGGCACUGUGCAUUGACGACCCUAUGGCCGUGUUUGGUAAGGAAGGCAUUGAGGCGUUCAGGCAAGUGGAAUAUUUUUUCGCUGGCACAAGCGGCGGCCGGUUAUUUGUUUACCCGCUGGUACCACCGGCAAUGCGGCCUUUCCUCCCAAGUGAUAACUGGGAGUGGUUGCAGGGUGAAGGGGUGAAGCAGAAACUGUCAGUGCCUUGGAACGCCGGACCACGGCGUUUGUUCCAUCAACAUCGGUACGAUGAGCCGGUAACAGCCAUCGCUAUUUUGGGGCGGCUGGUUGUAUCCUGCAGCACGGACAUGUAUGUGCACAUGAGUCUCUUUCACCCAACACCACAUCACAUUCUCACUAUUCGACAUCCCUCCCCGCUGCGGUGUGUAUUACUGUGGGAAGGUGCCGUGUUUGCCUCACGGUUGUUAGAUUCACAACGAAGAGCACAAGUGGCUUCUGCUGAGUGUUGUGUUGUUUACCUCAUCACCGGAGACGAUGGCGGUAUGGCCCGGAUUUGGCGGUCCAACGUGGAAGCAGGUGAAUAUUUUCUAGUGGCUGUGUUAGCUGUUGUUACCAGUACAUGCUACGUGGGCUUCGCUACACCUUUGCAUUACAUCGCGCGUGAGGAUGCCGAUGCCGAACACAGCAACCGCAGACCGACGGCGGAGACAACGCGACAAACGAAAGCAAUUUAUUCACUUGCCGUCGAUGACGACAGAAGGCUCAUCGCCGGCGUGGAAGGCGGUGUUGUUGUGUGGUCUCUUGCUGAUCUGCCGUACAAACAAAAGGAAAAGGAUCAUCUGCUGUGCUGGGACGAGAAGCGGAUGGUGAUGGAACCUCAAGCGACGUCGACGUUGCGUAUUCGUGGUCAACGACUGAUGAACAUGACAGUGUGGGUGAAAAGUGCAGCGUUUACUGAGGAAUGCCUUUCUUCCUGCCGUAUCGACCAGCGGGGCAGCAGCAGCUACGAGAGAGGGGAAAGCACAAAUAACCAUGCGGGAGAAAGUGUCAUGAGGGAUGCGGACGGGUCUCGAAAACCUCCUUUCCAUACAGAUGCUCGGUGGAGCAGUUGGAAGCCCAAGUACGGGACGCACGUUGCAGGUGGCCUCGAUGUAGGCGUGGUAAGUAAUGUUGUUUGUAUGCCGUCCCUUAACGGUGACAACCUCGAUGAGAGGGGCUCUGCAGAAUCGCUGCUCCGUGCAGCGUGUGCGCCUAUAAUAUUUCCUUCACUGAAAAACAUUGUGCACUUUCCUUUGUGGGUAGUGGAACCUGUAUUUGCCCCAAUGCGUAUUUUAUCCCUAACUGGAAGCAUCUGCACAGCACUCCUCGUUCUUGUGCCUAGCGGCCGUGUUGUUACCGGUGGUUCGGACGGUGUGGUAACGUUGUGGUUGUGGGAUGUCGCAGAAGCAACGUACGUACGGGCCAUAGUUUCGGAGAGACCUCAAUCCCACAGCGGUUUGUGCCGAUGUCUGACGGCUCUACGCGAACCAGAUAUUUUUACCUCUUGUGGUUAUGAAGACGGUAUAAUAAAGGAGUGGCACGUGUAUGACGAACCGGAGCUGCUUAUUCGCCUCGAGCGCAGUUUUGCUCUGCAGUCUGAAAGCUCCGGUAAAUCUUCAACUUGGCCUGCCGAGCAGAAGCAGCAGUCAUUUGGUGUGGGUGUGUCAUGUGCUGUCUCCUUUCCGGCUUUUUGUGCCUUGUUUGUUGUCGGUGUUGAUGAAUGCCACAUUAACACAUUUGGACUGUUGGAAGUACUGGGGUGUAAGCCGCCCCCCGACUACAUCUUCGACGGAUACAAAACGGUGCGAGUCGUGCCGUCAAGCCAUGAUACCCACGGUAUUGACAAGUGGGGAAAGUGA